UCCCGAACCCCGUGAGAUGCACGCCGUUCCUGCGUCAUCAUUUACAAUCAUCCAAUCACUCCUUUUGGUGAGACGCCUCAAUCCCUCGCUUAGCCCGUCCGGCUCCCGAUCAUCAGGGGCGGACAAGACCGCGGCCCGCUGCAGUCCACUGCGGGGAAAUGUGAAUUUGGAGUGUCGAGGCCCCCCUGUUGCGGCCGACGGUUUCUCUUAAGCUGGGGGGUCUGCAAGCACAUUCAUUCUCAUGGUCCUCGUCAAAGUGAGAUGAGCUCUCCCGCCUUCACGGAAGAUGCGUCAAUGGAACGAGUCUCCGGUGAUGACUGAGACAACAAAGUUCAUCAUGGCCAACCGCGCGGCUCACAUGCCUGCAACUGCUGUCGACAGCAAACAUGAACACUCACUCACAAUCGCCGACAUCGAAGCCAAUCAUGAACGUUCAUUCUUGCCGCCGCCAAGCGCCGUUUGGCCUCUUGAACCGAGUUGAACACGAAGUACCGCCUUUGAAGCAAAUAACACGUCCCCUUCAAAUGCUCCUACACAAAAGAAGCUCUGCGCCUGGCGGUACAGUAAGUAAACGAACGAAAGAAAACAAGGUUUUGCGGAUAAAAGACUGCGGCACGUGUGUUUUGACUUUGACUUCCAUGUCUCACCUCUCGAAACGCCGCUCCAGCGCCACGGGCGUGGCGCCCGUCUCUUGACACCUAACCAUUUUCCCUUGAGCCAUACAUACAUACACUCAUACACUUCGCAACGCGUCGAGGAUUACUACAGUACCACCACCCGGCAGGCGACGAACUCGGGGGGCUCACGCAUUGGACGACAGCGUCACAGCUCACGAUACGUCCUUGUCGCUUCACAGUCCUUACGAUUUCCGGCCCUGUUUGCCCGACCAGACGACCAUAAUCACCCAAUCAAUCAAUCACCUAUCCAUCAACCUUAACUGACACAUGAAGCGGAGCUAAGCCGUUGCGUCCAUCCAUCUCCCUUGGACAGAUAGACACUUCAUCCAUCACGAGCUGUCAUCCAUCGCGGGUCGGGAACCACGAUAUAUCAUCCGUCACACCCCCUUCCUUCUCACAUCGCCCGCCAUGGGGGGGUCGUUGUACCGCUGGACGCGGGUGCGAACUCUCGUCCUAACCUUCAUCAUCAUCGUCUGCCUCGUCUACAUCCUCGACGCGACAUGGCUUCACCCGCGCACCGAGACGGCCAUGCUGGAGCGCCACAUGAACGCCGCCAACAACGCCGCCCCGCCGCCGCCGCCGGUGUCGCCCAAGUCGAGCUUCGACUGGUCCGCCGUCAAGUUUAAGUACCCGCCCCAGACGCCGCUGACCCCGGUCCCGGCCGGCGGCAAAGGAUCCUCUUCCCUGCCGCGGGUGCAACACCGGUUCCCGUCCGAGUCCGCCUCGGCCGCCCGGCUCCGCGAGGCCCGCCGCCGCGAGGUCCGGCAGCUGUUCCGCAAGUGCUGGGCGAGCUACCGCGAGUUCGCCUGGAUGAAGGACGCGCUCAACCCCAUCUCGGCCACGGCCAAGGACCAGUUCUCCGGCUGGGCCGCCACCCUCGUCGACUCGCUCGACACGCUCUGGAUCAUGGGCCUCCGGGCCGAGUUCGACGAGGCCGUCGCCGCCGUCGCGUCCAUCGACUUCGGCGCCUCGUCCUCGGAGCGCGUCAACACCUUCGAGACCAACAUCCGCUACCUCGGCGGCCUCAUGGCCGCUUACGACCUCAGCCGCCGGCCCGUCCUCCUCGCCAAGGCCGUCGAGCUCGGCGACAUGCUCUACGGCGCCUUCAACACCGAGCACCGCAUGCCCGUCGACUUCAUCAACUUCAACGACGCCAAGACCGGCAACGGCCUCGUCGUCGAGGGCUCCGUCGUCUCCGCCUCCCCCGGCACCCUGUCGCUCGAGAUGACGCGCCUGUCCCAGCUCACGGGCGACCCCAAGUACUACGACGCCGCCGCCAAGGUCAUGGACCUCUUCCACGACGGCCAGCAGAAGACGAAGCUGCCCGGCAUGUGGCCCAUGUUCGUCUCCAUGAGCAACCGCGACGUCACCUCGGGCUCGACCUUCACCAUCGCCGGCUGCGCCGACUCGCUCUACGAGUACCUCCCCAAGAUGCUCGCCCUCCUCGACGGCCACGAGCCCAAGUACCGGGACAUGACGGAGAACUUUUUACGCGCGGCCAACGAGUCGCUCUUCUUCCGCCCCAUGCUGCCCGGCGGUGAGAACGUGCUCAUCUCGGGCAACGUCGACGUCGACGGCGCCGGCAACAAGGUCCUCGACCCGGAGAGCGAACACCUCGCUUGCUUCAUCGGCGGCGCCUACGCCCUCGCCGGCCGCCUUCUGGGCCGGGAGGAGUGGGUGGCCGUCGGUGCCCGCCUGACGCUCGGGUGCUACUACGCUUACCAGGCCAUGCCGACGGGCAUGAUGCCGGAGCGAUUCAACAUGGUCGCCUGCGCGCGGCGGGACGACUGCCCGUGGGACGAGGCCCAGUGGGAGGCCGGCAAGAAGCUGCGGCCCGAGUACAAGGAGCACCUCCCCAAGGGCUUCACGACGGCCAAGGACGCGCGGUACAUCCUCCGGCCAGAGGCCAUCGAGAGCGUCUUCGUGCUGUACCGCGUCACGGGCGAGCGCGGCUUCCAGGAGGCGGCGUGGGAGAUGUGGAAGGCCGUCAGCAACGGCACACUCGUCGAGCUGGGGAACGCCGCCGUCCUCGACGUCACGCAGAAGCAGGACCCCCUGCCCAAGGAGGACUACAUGGAGAGUUUCUGGCUGGCGGAGACGCUGAAGUAUUUCUACCUGGUCUUCUCACCGCCCGACCUAAUCAGCCUCGAUGACUACGUACUCAACACCGAGGCACAUCCCUUCCGGAGGCACGGUUGAAAAGGGGGGAGAGGGGAGGGGGAGGGGGUUUGAAUAACUUGGGUUUUCGAGCAUCGGAACGGGACUGCUCCGUGCCCCUUUGUGUGGUUGGGACCUUUUCUUGCCUGUAGCCUGUUCUGAUUUGCCUGAGCGGCAUGAUAGACCACCGGUGGCUAAACAUGAGACUGGGUUUUUUGAAAUCGGAUGCCCG